GUGUGGGACUGCAGCUUUUAGAAACAGACACACAAGGAGAGGGGUUUCAUUCUCAGCCCAAAGCUUCGCUCAGGCACAGCCCAUUCCGGAGGAGAGGGGGACACACUGCUCUGUACUUCGCCGUGUCCAUGUUGGUGUCAUCUCCGCCCCAUUCUGAUUCACCCACAGCCCGCCUGCCUGUGCUCCACGCCGCCAGAGGAAGAAGGAAUUUUUUUUUAAUUUUUUUUUUUUAAUUUUUAAAUUCGGCCGCAGAUUCCCUAGCCGGACCCGUGGAGACUUCAGCUACUCUUUUCUUUUUGUUUUGUUUUGUUUCCCUCAUGAUGUCCUACAAACACAAACAGUGACCCGGUUUGAGUCAAUGUUGCCGCGGCUGGCGCGCUCUGCACACGCGUGGGUCGUGCUCUGCACCUGACCGCCCUUCCGCGAGACUUUUGAGUUUAGAUCAGGAGAAGCAGGAGGAAAACUUAGCAUCGUCACGAGAAGUUGCCCACUGCUGCGGACUCUUGGCACACGGACGGUUGUACACCAAAUUAGAAUUAAUUAUUUGCUUUUUUAUUAUUAUUUUUUUUUUUACCUAAAUAAAGCUGCAUCCCCGAGGCGAAACGGCGACCUCAGUCGAUUACCUUUCUUUCCUUUGCUAUCCAAUGGAUAUUCACUGCAAAGCGGACCCCUUCUCGGCGAUGCACCGGCACGGCGGUGUGAACCAGCUCGGCGGGGUGUUUGUGAACGGCAGACCCCUCCCGGACGUGGUGAGGCAGCGGAUCGUGGAGCUGGCCCACCAGGGUGUCCGGCCCUGCGACAUCUCCAGACAGCUACGGGUCAGUCACGGCUGUGUCAGCAAAAUCCUCGGCAGCUAUCAGAAGGCAUUUCAGAGGUACUACGAAACCGGCAGCAUCAAACCUGGAGUCAUCGGUGGCUCCAAACCAAAGGUCGCCACUCCAAAAGUGGUCGAUAAAAUUGCUGACUAUAAGCGCCAGAAUCCCACCAUGUUCGCUUGGGAGAUAAGGGACCGACUACUGGCCGAGGGCGUCUGCGACAACGACACUGUCCCCAGCGUGUCAUCCAUCAACAGGAUUAUCCGCACCAAGGUCCAGCAGCAGUUCCACCCGUCCCCCGACGGAUCCGUCACGCCUCUGUCCACGCCGGGCCACACCAUCGUUCCCAGCACGGCCUCGCCCCCGGUGAGCAGCGCCUCCAACGACCCCGUAGGGUCCUACUCCAUCAACGGCAUUCUGGGUAUCCCCCGCUCCAACGGCGAGAAGAGGAAACGAGACGAGGUUCUGUGGACCGGCAACCACUUGGAUGGAAGGAAAAUUGGACAUUAUGGCUCCGAUGGCUCAGGUCCGGGCAGCGACUCUCAGGGCAGUGUGGAGAGUUUAAGGAAGCACCUGCGAGCGGACGCCUUCACCCAGCAGCAGCUGGAGGCCCUGGACCGCGUGUUUGAACGUCCCUCUUACCCCGAUGUCUUCCCCACUUCAGAACACAUCAAACCUGAACAGGCGAAUGAGUACUCACUCCCAUCCCUGAACGCCGGCCUGGAUGACGUGAAGCCGAGCCUUUCUUCCAGCGCCAGCGCCGACCUCGCCUCCAGUGUCUCCCAGAGCUACUCUGUUGUGACAGGUCGAGACAUGGCCAGUACCACCUUACCUGGCUACCCGCCUCAUGUCCCGCCCACAGGACAAGGCAGCUACCCCACCUCCACGCUCGCCGGAAUGGUCCCUGGUGGGGACUUUUCGGGAAACCCUUACUCUCAUCCACAGUACACCACUUACAACGAAGCAUGGCGGUUCAGCAAUCCAGCGUUACUAAGUUCCCCUUAUUAUUAUAGCGCCGCGUCCCGCGGCUCCGCACCUCCCGCUGCUGCCACCGCGUACGACCGCCACUAGGUACCACGGAGACCAGCUCCGAGUGCAGGGCCGCGGCUUCGGCCUCCAUAUUGUCCCCGUCUGAGAAACACUGAGGUCAAAGGGAAGCGAGGGGGGAGUCCUAGAGGAAACCCCGUUGUGUCACGCCAUGUGGAGGAAGGAACGGCCAAGGUCGACGCCGGGUGCGUCCAGCCUAGCUUCAGCGUCACUCACUUUGGGUCAAAAGGGCCAAGGGGGGGAUUCAGAACUCACCCAUCAUGCCCUCACUCUCUCAAAGGCCAGGACAUUUCCAAAAUGACUUUAAGAGAUUAUAUACAUAUAUAUAUUAUAAAAUAUAAAUUGAAGAAAAACAUUGUGAGAAGAAUACCAUGUGGAAAAAAAAUGUUGUGGGUUUUUAUUUUUGUUUCUCUGUUGCUGUUGUUGUUGUUGUUGUUGUUAUUUUAUUUCAUGGAUCCUCACAUUCCUUCGAUGUGAUGAACUGCAGUAUUUUUCUGCUCUAAAGAGAGAAGUCCAGGGGAGAUGACAAUGGUCCCAUAGCUUGAUGAUGCAGAGACUUGAAUCAGUGUUGCGAGGCCCCUUUGACACGUAAUGAGACCCUGGCCCCUCACUGUGUGUGUGUGUGUG